AAAACCCUCAGAAGCGGUAGCAUCCAUCCUCCCCUCUCUGUCCUACCCCUUGCAUAGAACAGCCCAUUUUAAUGUUGCCAUCAUAGGACGAGUGCGGUAAGCGAGGUAAUUUUUCAGCAUGUAGAACUAAAUUAUCGCUCUCCUACUGCGGCUUGUGCUGUAUUAUCAAUUAGCCCAAAAUCACUUAAUUAAAAAAUUCUUAGAAAAACAGCAACGAGAAAUAUUCGGACAAACGCCAAGAAUUACAGUCAUAGCUACCUGUGAUCCAUGACCAUACAUUUGGGUAAACACGCUGAAAUAUACCCUGCAUCAUUUCAUUUUCUUCCGCAUUAGAGUAGUUAAUUCUAGAGAUGUCUGAACAAUUUUGGGCUUAAUUUUUUUUUGAAACAACAGAUGGGACACCACGUCGGUAAACAUCAUUCAAACGUUUUUUCGGUCGGAUAUGAAUUGAAUUUGAAAGUGAGGAACACUGGAUUUUCUGUUUUUCUUAACUCUCCUAUCCGUUGACGUCCUUGGACGUGACCGGCCUAGGUAAAUCCUACACUCCAUCAGCUGAAGCAUCUUAUUCUUCACCCAAACAUAAAUUUUUUCUAUUUACUCCAUACAAAUAUUUGUCUCUAUGGAUUGGUGUCUCCCUUAUCAUUUUGCUUGAUGCCCUUUUUGCUGGUUGUGAGACAAACCAAAUUAAGGUGUAUCUUGGAAUAAACCACAUUAAGUUACACCACAAAGACACAUACAUAUGCUUUUCCACACAUGUCUUGAUAUGGAGAAUCAUAGAAGGGGCAAAGGAGGGAGUGGCAUGGGGGAACAUUAAUCUAAAAAUCACAUAGUCAAGCAUACCUCACUUACUGGCCCAGACACUGAAAAGGCUUUCAGACAAUCAUCAUUUUUUGAAAUAUCAGCACACUGUUAUCAUCAUACAUUGUCAUGGGGGACUUAGCCAAUAGCUCAGUGGAUUUCAAACCUCAGAAGCAAGGUAGUGUAGGGGGAAUGGAGGUCAACCAUGCCGGAGAUUUUGGGGCUACCUUGGAGGAUCUGCGGGACCUUAUGGAGCUAAGGGGCGCAGAGGCCAUUCACAAGAUCCAGGAGAACUACAUAGACACAGAGGGCCUCUGUCAAAGACUGAAAACCUCCCCAGCUGAUGGCCUAUCAGACAACCCGUCAGACCUGGAGAAGCGUGGCCAGGUGUUUGGUCAGAACUUCAUCCCUCCUAAAAAGGCGAAGUCUUUCCUGGAGCUGGUCUGGGAGGCCCUGCAGGAUGUCACUCUCAUAAUCUUAGAAAUAGCUGCCAUCAUCUCCCUCGCGCUGUCCUUCUACCAACCACCUGGGGGGGACAGUGAAGCAUGCGGGAACGUGGCGACUGGUGCAGAAGAUGAAGGUGAGGCGGAGGCUGGCUGGAUUGAGGGCGCUGCCAUCUUGCUCUCCGUUGUCUGCGUGGUGCUGGUGACGGCCUUCAACGACUGGAGCAAGGAGAAGCAGUUCCGGGGGCUGCAGAGCCGCAUCGAGCAGGAGCAGCGCUUCGCCGUGGUACGGAACGGCACCGUCAUCCAGAUCCCCGUGGCUGAAAUGGUGGUCGGGGACGUGGCUCAAGUAAAAUACGGUGAUCUCCUGCCUGCUGAUGGGAUACUGAUACAGGGCAAUGACCUGAAGAUUGAUGAGAGCUCAUUGACGGGAGAGUCUGACCAUGUAAAAAAGUCUGUUGACAAGGACCCCAUGUUGCUGUCUGGUACUCAUGUGAUGGAAGGUUCAGGAAAGAUGCUGGUGACUGCUGUAGGGAUCAACUCUCAAACUGGAAUAAUCUUCACUUUGCUUGGGGUUGGAGAGGGUGAGGAGGAGAAGAAAGACAAGAAAGAGGGCAAUAAUAUCCCUGCAGUCGAAGCAAAACAGAUCAGCAUCACAAACGGCAAACAAGAUGGGACUUUGGAAAACAAUCAGAAUAAAGCCAAGAAACAGGAUGAGGCCGUUGCCAUGGAGAUGCAGCCCCUGAAGAGUGCUGAAGGUGGGGAGGUGGAAGGGGAGAAGAAAAAGGGCAACGUGCCUAAAAAGGAGAAGUCGGUGCUCCAGGGCAAACUCACUAAACUGGCCGUGCAGAUCGGGAAGGCAGGUCUAGUCAUGUCAGCGAUCACAGUGAUUAUCCUGGUGAUGUACUUUGUGAUCGAGACCUUUGUGGUGCAGGGCCGGGAGUGGCUCACUGAGUGUACCCCUGUUUAUGUACAGUACUUUGUCAAGUUCUUUAUCAUCGGAGUCACAGUACUGGUGGUGGCUGUGCCUGAGGGCCUCCCACUGGCUGUCACUAUAUCACUGGCCUACUCUGUCAAGAAAAUGAUGAAGGACAAUAACCUGGUGCGCCACCUGGAUGCAUGUGAGACCAUGGGCAACGCCACGGCCAUCUGCUCCGACAAGACGGGCACUCUCACUACCAACCGCAUGACAGUGGUGCAGGCCUACAUGGGUGACCAGCACUUCCACAAGGUCCCACACCCUGACCAGAUUAAUCCUAAGGUCUUGGACACUCUUACCAACGCCGUAUCAGUCAACAGCGCCUAUACCUCCAAGAUUAUGCCCCCAGAUAAGGAGGGAGGCCUACCCAAGCAGGUGGGCAACAAGACAGAGUGUGCCCUACUCGGCUUCAUCCUGGACCUAAAGAGGGACUAUGGCCCUGUGAGGGAACAGAUCCCAGAAGAGAAGCUCUACAAGGUCUACACCUUCAACUCAGUUCGCAAGUCCAUGAGCACGGUGGUGCAGCUGCCCGAUGGGUCAUUUCGCCUCUACAGCAAGGGGGCAUCUGAGAUCCUGCUAAAGAAGUGCACCUCUAUCAUGGCUGGUGGUGGCGAGCCGCGGGGUUUCCGCCCCCGGGACCGAGACGAGAUGGUGAAGAAGGUUAUCGAGCCCAUGGCCUGUGAUGGCCUGCGUACCAUCUGCGUGGCCUACAAAGAUCUGCCAGCUAGCCCUGAGCCCGAUUGGGAGGACGAAGUGGGCAUUGUCAGCGACCUCAUCUGUAUCACCGUAGUUGGCAUCGAGGACCCUGUUCGCCCAGAGGUUCCAGACGCGAUCAAGAAAUGCCAGCGGGCAGGUAUCACGGUACGCAUGGUGACGGGUGACAACAUCAACACAGCACGCGCCAUCGCUGCCAAGUGUGGCAUCAUCCAGCCAGGGGACGACUUCCUGUGUAUAGAUGGAAAGGAAUUCAACCGACGAAUCAGAAAUGAGAAAGGAGAGGUUGAGCAGGAGCGCAUUGACAAGGUUUGGCCCAAAUUGAGAGUUCUAGCCAGGUCCUCGCCGACAGACAAACAUACACUGGUCAAAGGCAUCAUAGAUAGCACAGUACUGGAGCAGCGGCAGGUGGUGGCUGUAACAGGAGAUGGGACCAAUGACGGGCCUGCCCUGAAGAAGGCCGAUGUUGGCUUUGCCAUGGGCAUUGCUGGUACCGAUGUCGCCAAGGAAGCCUCCGACAUCAUCCUGACCGACGACAACUUCUCUAGCAUUGUGAAGGCUGUCAUGUGGGGCCGUAAUGUCUACGACAGCAUUUCUAAGUUCCUCCAAUUCCAGCUCACUGUCAACGUGGUGGCUGUUAUCGUGGCCUUCACUGGUGCCUGCAUCACACAGGACUCUCCCCUUAAGGCUGUCCAGAUGUUGUGGGUGAACCUGAUCAUGGACACCUUUGCCUCCCUGGCCUUGGCCACUGAGCCGCCCACGGAGUCCCUGCUCCUGAGGAAGCCGUACGGCCGCAACAACCCCCUCAUCUCUCGCACCAUGAUGAAGAACAUCCUGGGCCACGCCAUUUAUCAGCUCACCAUCAUCUUUACCUUGCUGUUUGCGGGCGAAAAGAUAUUCAACAUUGACAGUGGUCGCAACGCCCCACUGCACUCUCCCCCCUCCGAACAUUAUACAAUCAUCUUCAACACCUUUGUGCUCAUGCAAUUGUUCAAUGAGAUCAAUGCCCGCAAGAUCCACGGUGAAAGGAAUGUUUUUGACGGCAUAUUCCACAACCCUAUUUUCUGCAGUAUUGUGCUGGGAACCUUUUUAAUGCAGUUUGUGAUCGUGCAGUUUGGGGGGAAACCUUUUAGCUGCACACCUCUCAAUGUGGAGCAAUGGCUGUGGUGUCUGCUUGUGGGAGUGGGAGAGCUGCUGUGGGGACAGCUCAUCACCACGGUGCCCACCAGCCGCCUGCCCUGUCUGAAAGAGGCAGGUCAUGCGCUGGGUAAGGAGGAGAUGAUUGAUGAUGACAUGGCAGAUGAUGAGCAGGAGAUUGACCAUGCUGAGAGGGAGCUGCGUCGUGGGCAGAUCCUCUGGUUCCGGGGCCUCAACCGCAUUCAGACUCAGAUGGAGGUAGUGAGUACCUUCAAGAGAAGUGGUUCCUUUCAGGGUGCUGCGCGACGUCGUUCCUCAGUUCUCAGCCAACUCCAUGACAUCCGAGUGGUGAAAGCAUUCCGUAGCCCCCUUUAUGAUGGCAGUGAGAAGCCAGAAUCCAAGAACUCCAUUCACGACUUCAUGGCACACCCGGAAUUUCUCAUAAAUGACUUGGUCCACAACAUCCCUUUGAUUGACGAGACAGACAUUGAAACCGAAGAAUCAGAGCGCACAGACUGCAACAACGGUCUCCUGGGUCUUCGUCAGGUUCCUCCCCUUGUCCAGACCCCUCAGCCUCCACCUCGCCAGCGCUCCAAGUCCCGCCCUUCCCCAUACCGCCAACAGAGCCUCCCAGUUACCCUCAACUGCAACAACAACGCCACUGCUGAUGCUGCUGAAAAUGCAGAUCUGACCCUGAAAGAUGCUAAACUUCUAGCUUCUUACCUGUGCCACCCCACCAGCCCAUUGCACAACUUGGAGACCCGUUUAUAACUACAGUCUGUGGACAGGUUUCACAAUUACGGAGAGGAAACGCCAAUGCAUUUAAAGGACAUGGAUGUAACCAAAUGAAGAGGAAUGGAAUUGGACAAGAAGGGUAAAAAUAUUAUCUUGAAAUGACAUUGUUUACUGUAGGCCAAUGGUUUUAUGGACUGUUUUAGUUGCUCAUGCCCCUCCCCGCUUCUCCUGCAGUCUGCUUCAAAACACUCAUCUGAAAAAGCACCACAAUCCAACGAUGCUAACCUCUCCAGAUACAGAUAGACAAUUUUGAAAUGUAUUCCUAGGCACGCAAUAUAGGAGUGAUUGGAGUGGUAGAGACAAGAAUGAACUGCAACUGAUUCUUGACCUUAUGAAUGAAAUAAUGAUGAUUGACUCAAUGGAAAUUGAAAUGGGGUUAUUUCAUUCUGCUUUUUAACAAUAUUAUUGUUCAGAUUACUACUGUUGUACUACUGCAAUUAUUACAAUUACUACAAUUAUAUUCCAGUUAAUGAUGCUUCAUUGAUUAGCUUUAUCUAUCCAUGUAUGUAUGUGUGUGUGAGGGUGUGUGUGUGUGUGUGUGUGUGUGUGUGUCUGCUUGUGGGAAUGCGUGUGUGUGUAUUGUUUGUUGGCUUAACUGCUGUGUUUGUCUACUUUUUUCUGUUUUAUAUAUUCUUGUUCAAUGUCCUCUUUUUUCCUUUUCUGUGUUUACAUGUGUUGUGUCUUAAAAAUGAAAAAAAAAGAAUUAUAUCUAUACAGAUACAUUUAUAAACACUUCAAAACACAAAAGGUAACAAAAUAGUACAUAUGCUAUAAAAGAAUCACAAAUGAAAAGCACUACAGUACUCAUGGUUUAGGCUUUUCUCUUCAUGUAGAUAUGUCUUGAAUUAAUUUAUUCAUUUGGACACUACCAUGAACAGAGGGAACAACUUAACUGAGUAUUCAAAAUAUUAAGUUGUGCAUAAAGAUUAAAGAAAUUUAUUUAAAUGAUUAUUUUAUUAA